CGGCGGCUCAACGCGGUUAAAUCGUGUGAUCUAUCGAUGAAUUGUCCGAGCAACGUGUCUAAAUAGUGGAAACGUGUACAUCGUCUGCUACUAUACUGGAUAGUUUGGCGGAAAUUAAAAUCAUAGGGAGAUAUCGUUCUAAUAAUAUUGUGGUGAACGAUCGCCGGACACAUGUGAAUUAUAAACGACGAACGUAGGAGGUUUCGCGGAAUCGAAAGGAACCCGACUAACGAAACCGACGAACAUCGGUCGUGCGGCUUAAAAGGACAAACCGGCGGAAUGAAAUCACGAGCGUGAUCUCGGACAACGGGCAAGUGGCUUUAUCGCUUUGGCAGCGAGGCAUCACGUGCUCGUAUGCGCCUCUGAAAGGUUGAAAGCUCGGAAAAGCGUGACCACGCGUUCGUUAAACGUCCACGGAGUCGAAGAGGGAAAUGCUAUAGACAGAGAAGGGAAGGCAGCGUUUAGAGUGGCCCAUUUCCCUUAUCACGAUAAAACGACAUAGCCGUAUAACGCGGUAGUACUUUAGAGGCGACACGAAUAGCACGAUAGAACACGAAGCACACGGCCAGUGAGCCGAGAGUCGAUUCAGGAAGGAACAGGACUCGAGAACAAUCUCUCGAGGAAAAUGGACGUGGGUCUGGUCACUCGUGCAUCCUUGAAUUCUCUGCACAUGGGCGAUGUCCGAAUUGUCUCACCGAAUAGCCUCGACGAGUGGACCUGCUCCAGUUUGCGAAAACAGUUCAAAUACAAGGGCCUAGAGAAGCUGUUCACAGUUUACCAAAGGAGGAUUCAGUAUGGUUAUCUGUCGCUCUUCGUACUCUUGCAAUUGGCCCUCGGAAUCACGUAUUGUUUGAUUCUGGUUACAAUGGUCAGCAUAGAGAAUUGUGUGCCGGAUGUGGUGAUCUGCAGUCUGGUGAGCGCGCUACUAUGCCCGCUAAUCGCGAUCUCGUUCAGGUCGAAAAUUAUCGCUAGGAACGCCUAUUUACCGGUCAUGUUGUCCUGCUUGAUCGUAGUGCUACUGGUAGUCGGUGACUUGGCCGUUCCCUUGUACUACACCCUCCUCUAUAACGACGACAUACCACCGAUAAGACCUGCGUACGCGACUCACGCGCUCCUGGCGUGUUACGUUUUCCUGCCUCUUACGGAGAAUCUACACGCUUUCGUACUCGGGAUCACGGCUACCAUAUGUUACCUAGCCACUCUCUUGUUAAUCACUUACAGAAACACAUUCGAUUAUAGCACAAAGAUCAUUACAGACACUAUAUACUUUGCUUGCGUGAAUGGUCUCGGAUUAUACUUCAGAUUUAUGAAUGAAAUUGUUAUCAGACGAUCGUUCCUAGAUCACCGCAAGUGUGUGGAAUCAACACUGCGGUUGAAUUAUGAGAAAGAUCAGGAAGAGCAACUUACGCGGAGUAUAUUGCCUCAACAUAUAGCUGCAAAGAUAAAGAAAGAUUUUAGGGACAUUUUUAGAUUUAUAGAAGAACAUAAAAAACCUCCUCCCAAAGGUCGUCCUCAUAAUGAUUUAUGCGUCGAAACGCACAACAACGUAAGCAUUUUAUAUGCUGACGUGGUGAAUUUUUCCGGACUAACCGUGACAUUGCCCGUACGAAAAUUAGUAGAGACAUUGAACGAUUUGUUCGGUAGUUUUGAUGAGGCUUCCGAAAGGCAUAAUGUUCUGCGUAUCAAAUUCUUAGGUGACUGUUACUAUUGCGUAAGUGGAGUACCGACUCCGAAUUCUCAGCAUGCAAAAAACUGCGUAGAUUUAGGCCUUGAUAUGAUAAAGAUCAUCAAAGAUGUGAGAGCAAAAGUACGUCGCGAGAGCGGUGUAGAUGUAAAUAUGAGAAUAGGAGUUCACUCGGGCAACAUAAUAUCGGGGAUCCUGGGUAACAACAAGUGGCAGUAUGAUGUCUGGUCACGCGACGUCGUUAUAGCUAACAAAAUGGAGCAAACAGGAAAACCUGGAAAGGUUCAUGUUACACAGCAAACAUUGGACCUCGUGAACGCUAACGAAUACGAUUGCGUUCCGGUGGAGUCCUUGAAUGACGAGGUUCUCAAGAAAUACGGAAUUCGAAGUUACUUGAUAACACCUUCGACUCCAGACCCUCCGUCUACGCAGAACAGCGAGAACACCUUGACAGUCAUGACUCCAAGCACCCCUCCGGUGUCCAACAAGCAUUACGUGAGAUUCUACGUACGAAGCAGCGUUACUAACGCUGCCUCGAGAAGCAGUAGACGGCUUACUGCUACUAUAAAUAAUCACGUUGAUAUGUUCCCCGGCUCUUGCAGACGACGUACACACUUUAUGGACUCCUGUUUGCGAGAUUAUCAUCUAAUGCUCAAAGCCGCAGAUGCGGAGAUGGAGAAUGCUAUUAAGAAAAUGCCUCUCACCAAGUGGAAGCAAUGGUGCAAGUGGGAAGAGAUGAAUCCAAUAUUUUUAACAUUUCAACAAUGGAAUUGGGAGAUACCGUUUCUGAAAGAACCAGACCCACUUUUCAAAUUUUAUAUCGGUUCCGCUGUUUUCGUUCUGAUUUUUAUGGGACUCAUUUACCUGGUGCCUACAUUUUCUCUUUCUAAGUGGCAUUUAAGCACAACGAUUAGUUACGCGACAGCGAUAUUAUUUUUGAUUGCUUUACUGCCGAUAGCUUGGAUGCACUUCGCGUGGAACCGAUAUAAGGACCCACAUGAUGAACAUGAAGGACAUAUACCGCAUCCUCGCAAUAAAUUAUUGUGUUUUCUAUAUCAAACUAGCAUAAAGGUUGUUUGGAGUGCAUUCCUCAGGACAGUGCUAUACUUGGUAAUAACGAUAAUGCUAGCAACGUGUGCCAUGUUUGACAUGAUUUUUGAAUGCAAAAAUGUGAAUGAGCUUACAAGUAAUAAUAUAACAUCCAGCGUGUUGGAUCCUGAUGGUACGAAACUUGAUUGCGUGGCUACACCUUGGCAAAUGACGCAAACUUGCUCCUUGGCAAUUCUGACAAGCUUUCUGUUUUUGAGACUACAUUAUAUCCUAAAGUUAGUAAUAGGCAUCAUAGUAGUGAUAUUUUAUUCGUGGAAUGUUUGGGCGUAUCGUUCAAAUUUAUUUCAGUCAGGCGAAAGAUGGAAUCCACAUUUAGAACCAAGACUGGCUCACAUUUUAAGCAUAGUUUUCCUUGCCUUUUCGUUACAUCUCAUAGAUCGUCAGGCAGAAUAUCUAAGCAGAUUGGACUACUUAUGGAAACGUCAAUUGACCAAGGAACAAGAUGAAGCAUUCCAUACGAGGAACGCUAAUAAACUUCUACUCCGUAAUAUUUUACCAGAACAUGUUGCGGAGUUCUAUUUGAACAUGAACAGAACAGAAGAAAACGAGCCCUAUCACGAAGCUCAUAAUAACGUGGCCGUCAUGUUUGCUUCAUUAACGGAUGUAUCCAUUGAUGGAAGUAAUACUCUGGCAGAUCUAAACGAAAUCAUAUGUGAAUUUGACAAAUUAUUAUUUGAGCCAUGCUACGUUUGUCGAAUUGAAAAAAUCAAAAUUGCUGGUACCACCUAUAUGGCAGCUUGUGGAUUAGAAGCCGGUCGACGAGAUUCGAUGCGUAGUACAGUAAGCGAGGAAAAUUCCAACGACAAUGUGGUAAAAGUUAUGGCUCAGUUUGCAGCCGAGAUGAUGGCAGUACUAGAUAAAUUGAAGAGGAAAUCUUUUUACACAUCCAAACCUUAUAGACUAAGAAUUGGAAUAUCACAUGGCGAAGUAACAGCAGGAGUAGUAGGCGCUCAAAAGCCAUUGUAUGAUAUCUGGGGUGAUGCUGUGAACAUGGCAUCGAGAAUGGAUACAACAGGUGUUCCAGGAAAAAUACAGGUUACGGCAGAGACUGCAGCUGUUCUUGAACAGCAAGAUGUUAAGUGUCACCUUCGAGGAGAAACGUAUGUCAAACCGAAAGGAUUCGUUACAACAUACUUUGUUGGUAUCGACGAUAACCGACAACUUCAAAGAGCGGAUUCUAUCGAGGAGACUAGUCUGUGAUCGAAACGGUCUGAUCAAUUACUGUGGUCAUAAUGUGAAAAGUGAGAUAUUAGGUAUCUAAGUGAACAUAUAGAGACACAAGAGAAAAACCAAAGAAAAUUUAAAAGACCAAAGAAUCGAGGGAAAAGAACGCAAUCAAUGACUGCGUCACUAUGUGGAAUACCUCAACUUAUUCAAUCGAUUACACAUGUGAAGUAUGUUUGCAAUUAUAUGCCAUAAGGCCGAUUAUCGACAAAAUGAUAUAUGCAUCAUCAUUACAAAUCGAAGAUUCUAAUUUUAAUAGCAUUUUUUUACAUAGAGAAAUUGAAAAUGAUUUUACAUGAUCAUUAUAUAUGUAAAAACAGCUUUAUACAUAAUAGUAUACAUCUAAAAUAUUUUUUAUUAGCGUUUUCCAAUUUGUAAACAAAUUUAUUUAUGUGAAAGAUAUUUUGCGUGAAAAUCUAUUAACGCUAUACUUUAUUUCAUUCGGCCAUUUGAAUAUUCAUGUUGUAAAUAAGUAAAAUAAUUUCCAAAUGGUGAUCUUGGAAAACGCUAUCCUAAACAAUGCACAACCUAUUGAAAGUAUGAAAGUCUUAUAAUUGAUGAUAAAAAUAUUUUCAAGAGUGACUCUUUGCAAAUGACAAUUCGAAAGAUAAUCAAAAGGACAAGAAUAUAACAUUUUAUUUAUAUCGAUGCAUGCGAACGAUAAUGAUGUUCUUUAGCUGUAUAUACAAUGCUCCGCAUCUGAUUAACAAAAAGGUAGCUAGUUUGAAAUAUUUAUUGACAUAGGUUUUUCCAGGGUCAUGACAAUGGGCGAAUGUUUUGAAAAUUGAUGUACUUAUAAACAUAUUUUCACGAUGUUCACUGUAAAGCUAAAGACAUUUCAUAAUAUCAAAGAUGUUCAUAAGUUUCAAAACUCAGCCUUGAAAUACCUGGACAGCUUUAAGUUCUAUUUCGUUUAUGUCGAACACUAAAUUUUCGUUUAAAUACGAUCAUGCGAUGAUAUCAUAGCCUCAUUAUUAAUUUGUUUCCAGGCAUAGUUUAAAUAUUUUGUGAAAAUUCUUAAUAAGUAAUUAAACAAAUCGGGGUGGAAUUUUCAUUACAUAAAAGUUAUUGCUUUUUAGCGACUAAGGAAAGUGAUUAAUAAAAAUAUAAAGCCGCCUCGCAAAUCGCAAAUCUAAACACAUAAGAGAUUCGUGUUUAAUGAAUAAGUAAAAAUAAUUCUUGUCACGUAAUAUCAAUGGAUUUUUACAAUAAUGCCUACGAACUAUGCCCAAAUCAUGUUCACUUUACGAAUCGUUCUAAUAGAACAGAUACGGCAAUUUUUUAAAUAUAUCAUUUCUUCCUUAAUUUAUGAACCACACAUUUUAUAAACUGAGCUCCUCAUCCUGGUUAUAAGUAGAACUAUGAAUUUAUUUUUCUAUCGACUAUAUUAUUAGCGUGACAAACGCUGCUUUCUUUCUUUGUAAAUAUUUUUGUAUAUAUUUUUUAAAUAUUAAAAAUAACGACCAAUGUGAUUGAAAUAAAGUAUUUAUUACUACAUACACAAGGUGCAAAUGUAAUUUAUAAACAAACAAACGUAAAAGAGCAUUAUAACAAAUAUCUAUAUAUACAAUCCAAUAAAACUCUUAAUAUUUAA